UUCCAUUUCUUUCUUUUUAUCUUUUCUUUUCUCUUCCAUUCUCUUGAUUCUCCAAUCAUCUUCAAAACCCAGGUUGAGGCACCCUUUUGGGAAUGGAAGCCAGAUUAAACCCAUACAACCUUCACUUCUCCACCAACAUGAAGAUGUUCCACAAGCAAAAUCAUCAAGACAGGACAGAAACAGAGAAUACUGCCUCAGACCUCAGUUUAAGCAACCUGUCCAAGAUUAUCCUUCCUCCUCUCGGUGUUUCAAACUAUAACCAGAAUCAAAUAAACUCCAAAGGAUGGAUCAUCUACCCCGUGGAUUCAAGAUACAGAUGCUGGGAGGCAUUCAUGGUGCUGUUGGUGGCAUACUCAGCAUGGAUGUAUCCCUUUGAAGUAGCAUUUCUGAGUUCCUCUGCCCACAGAAACAUCUCUAUAGUAGACAACAUCGUCGACCUAUUUUUUGGCAUUGAUAUUGUUUUAACGUUCUUUGUUGCAUACAUUGAUUCGAGAACUCAGCUGCUAGUUCGUGAUUCAAGAAAAAUUGCAGUAAGGUACCUAUCCACAUGGUUCCUAAUGGAUGUGGCAUCAACACUCCCAUUUGAGGCACUAGGCUACUUGUUCACAGGUAAAAGCAAAGUGGGUAUUUUUUAUUCUCUUUUGGGACUGCUCAGGUUUUGGCGACUUCGGAGGGUUAAACAACUAUUCACCAGACUGGAGAAAGAUAUCAGAUUCAACUAUUUCUGGAUCAGAUGUGCAAGACUUCUGGCUGUGACAUUAUUUUUAGUGCAUUGUGCUGGAUGUCUCUACUAUUUGCUUGCUGACUGGUAUCCACACCAGGGCAAGACAUGGUUAGGGUCAGUGAACCCUAAUUUCAGGGAAACAAGCCUCUGGAUUAGAUAUAUUUCAGCUUUAUAUUGGUCCAUCACCACCUUGACCACAGUUGGUUAUGGUGACCUCCAUGCCGUAAACGCUGUGGAAAUGAUCUUUAUAAUUUUCUACAUGCUCUUCAACCUAGGCCUCACCGCAUAUUUAAUUGGUAACAUGACCAAUUUGGUCGUUGAAGGAACUCAUCGUACCAUGGAAUUUAGAAAUAGUAUUGAAGCAGCAUCGAAUUUUGUGUCCAGAAAUCGGUUGCCUCCCAGACUGAAAGAGCAGAUACUGGCUUAUAUGUGCCUAAGAUUUAAGGCUGAGAGCUUGAACCAGCACCAAUUGAUGGAACAGUUACCGAAAUCAAUAUGCAAAAGCAUAUGCCAGCAUUUGUUCUUGCCAAUAGUGGAGCAAGUUUACCUUUUCAAAGGUGUAUCGAAGGAAAUUCUACGACUUCUGGUUGCAAAGAUGAAAGCUGAGUACAUUCCACCUAGGGAAGAUGUGAUAAUGCAAAAUGAAGCACCAGAUGAUGUGUACAUAAUUGUGUCUGGAGAAGUGGAGAUUAUUGAUUGUGAGAUGGAGAAAGAAAUUGUUGUAGGAACUCUGCACCCCGGGGACAUGUUUGGGGAAAUUAGAGCACUAUGUUACAAGCCUCAAAGGUUUACAUUCAGAACAAAGACAUUAUCUCAACUCCUGAGGCUCAGAACCAAUGAUUUAGUAGAAGCAAUGCAGGCUAAACAAGAAGACAAUGUUUCCAUGCUUAAAAACUUCUUCCAUCAAAACAAGAAGCUUAAGGAUCUUAAAAUUGGAGAUUUAAUAAUGGAGGGAGGAGAUGAAGAUGGCGAUCCAAACAUGUCAAUUAAUCUAUUGACUGUUGCUGGAACAGGAAAUGCUGCUUUUCUUGAUGAACUCCUGAAGGCAAGGUUGGAUCAUGAUAUAGGAGAUUGUGAAGGGAAAACCCCCUUGCAUAUAGCCGCGUCAAAUGGACAUGAAGAUUGUGUAAUGGUACUCCUAAAGCAUGCCUGCAAUGUCCACCUGCGCGAUAUGAAUGGCAACACUGCAUUAUGGGAUGCAGUUUCAUCAAAGCACCAUUCAAUAUUUCGGAUACUAUACCACCGUGCAGCUAUUUCUGAUCCAUUUACUGCUGGUGACCUCCUAUGCACUGCUGCCAAGAGAAACAACAUUGAGGUCAUGAAAGAAUUGCUUAAACAUGGAUUGAAUGUAGAUGCAGACGAUCGUCAUGGAUUGACAGCAUUACAGAUUGCCAUGGCAGGGAAUCAUGCAGACAUGGUUAAUUUGCUAGUGAUGAAUGGGGCAGACAUCGCGAGUGUAAGUAGUCACAGAUUAUCUUCCAUGAAUUUGAAUGAAAUGGUGCAAAACCGUGAAAUUGGGCAUAGAAUUACUAUUCUGGAUAGCAAUCUGAAUGAGGUCUCAAAAAGGCUUGAGAAAGAACAUGAGGGAAAAUGCAAUGGAAAUGAUCAUCUAAGGGUGAGCAUUUACAAGGGUCAUCCCUUGGUGAGGAAGGAAACUUGUUGUAGGGAACCAGGGAGGCUAGUAAAGUUGCCCAAUUCACUUGAGGAGCUCAAGAGAAUUGCAGGGGAAAAAUUGGGGAUUAGUGAUGCCACAAAUGCAACUGUGACAGAUGAAGCAGGAGCUGAAAUAGACUCCAUUGAAGUUAUUAGAGACAAUGAUAAACUUUUCGUAAUUGAAGAACCAAUCAAUUCAUUGGCUAUGUAAUCAAAACGGCAUAUUUGCUCACCUUAUGAAAUUAUAUUAAAAAUCCAAAUCUAUCCUCUUCAAGCCACUGAAGAAAGUGAGCGCCAUGUAAAAGUAAAAAACAUGCUUGAUUACAAGCGGAAAAAAGAAACCUUUCACUUGAAGCAAAUGGCUAUGCUUUCAAGAAACAAAAAAGGAUUUUUUAUUUUUUGACAAAUAAGACGCAGGGAAGAAUAUAAGGAGAGAGAAGGAAGAUACACGAAAGACGAGGGGCAUAAAUGUAAUUUUAUAAAUUAUUAGUUUUUUU